UUGAAACCCUUUUCCUCCAUAUAAUGGAAAAGAGUAACUGGUUAUCUAAAUUUAGCUAAUCUAUGCAACAAAUUCUAAUGAAUGUUGAAUACAUACCAAAAACAACACAAGGCCAUAUGUCUUUUUUCUUCUAAGGGUCAAAGACGUAAUCUGCAGAGUCAUGUUUGGUGGACAGAUGUGAAUGUAAGCUUUAAUUUGAGUGGCUGAACAUAGAACCACAAUACAGUGGUGGUUUUCUUCUUCCCUUUCCUGUGUGUGGUUGAAGAAAACUGUGCAGUCCCUGCAGUGCCAUAUUUAUUUCUCCUUUGACUGCUGCAGCUUUACAUCUCUAAACAGCAGAAACCGCCUUUGUGCUCAUUAUCUCGGAUCUUUUCUUUUGAAGAGCUGCUGUUUUUGUUUCCACUGCCCCGCCAUGUUUCCCAAUGACUCUCUGCCCACCAACACAGUCAAGCCUUCUAAAGAUGGCCAGGAAACUAUGGUGGGCAUCAGUGCCAUUAUGGACAAUGUCAGUAUCAUUCUCUAUGCACUGACUGUUGUACUUGGCAUCACAGGAAACUCUAUGGUCAUCUGGGUGGCUGGAUUCAAAUUUAAGCCAAAGGUCACCAACGUGUGGCUGGUGAAUCUGGCGAUAGCAGACCUGAUCUUCUGCUUCACACGAGUUUUUUCUCUCACUAAGAAGCUCUUCCUUGAGCACUGGCCUUUCGGCCUCUUCGUCUGCAAGUUCGAUGCCUUCUUCAAAUACACCAACAUGUUCUGCUCUGUCUUCCUGCUGGCUGUGAUCAGUCUGGAUCGAGUGCUCUGCAUCUGGCAGCCCGUCUUCACAAAGCGUCGUCGCACCCUGUGGGCAGCGAGGGUGGUGGCAGUCUGUAUCUGGAUAGCAGCCAUCCUUUUCAGCAUUCCUUACUUCAUCCAUCGCCAAGUCUAUCUGUGCAAGAAGAACCUGAGUAUGUGCUCUCUUCAUCCAAAAGAGAACGCAGAAGGGUACAACAGCACCAAAGUUGCUCUCUACUCCAUCCGCUUCCUGUGUGGCUUCAUAAUUCCCUUUAUGGUGAUUCUGGUCUGUUAUAUCUUGGCCGCUGUGGGAAUCCGACGCACCCGCCUGUCAGGGAAGACCCGCCCUCUACGUAUACUAGCAUGUUUGGUCAUUGCCUUCUUCCUGUGCUGGGCGCCUUACCACUGCCUCUUACUGGUGAAGAUGGUGGACAGUAAAUACGCUCUGUUCAAAAUCUGGUUCCCUGUAGCAAAGGGUAUUGCCUACUUCAACAGCUGUGUGAACCCACUGUUAUACUUCUGCAUGGGGCUAAAAGUCAGUGAGGGAUUUAGACAGAGUCUGAUAAGAAUUUAUAAAAGAGGCCUGGCAGAUGACAUAGACGGCCAGAUGACUCACUCCACUGAUCGCUCUUUGGAUUAAAGCUCAGGGUUGAAACACGGCAGUCUUGUAGUGGUAGGAAAGAGUCAGACAGCACUGACUAAAAUUUAAGUUUCUUCCAAUGAUCCUGAAGUUCAGAAGAGCUACAACAAAUCAACAAAAGAAUACCUGAAACACAAAAGUACUACAGUGUUCAAAAUCCAGAUCUCAACCCAAAUGAUGUCUACAGGGCAGUCAACAACAUAGUUAUUGGACUAAUGUAGGACUACUAUCAGCAACCAGCCAACCUAGUAAUGUCAUAUUCUGUUUUCUAACAAGAUGGCACUGCCCAUGCUCUAAAAAUUGUAUUUUAAAUCACAGCCUCACAGAAAGUAUUAAAUUUGUGACAUUUUGGGGGGACAAGGCUCCGUGGUGUAAAUUAGGCUAGGUAGUGUUUUAUGUCCACUUUAAUGCACAUCAAAUGCCAAGUGAAUAAUCUCUUUCUCCUUUGGGUGGGCAUGUCUGAAAGCAAUCACUGAAAUUUGUUUUUUGUUAUUAUUAUUAUUGUUUAUUAUUGCGCUGAGACUUUUUUUUUUUUUUCCAUAUCGGUUGUUAUGGCUGUUCCUGCUGUAAAGUGUAAAGUGAAUUCAAGUUUUCCUUCAUUUUAUCCUACUGCUUUGGUGGAUGUUACUAGCUCUUAUGCAGUAUUUUGUAAAGACAUGAUUAUACCCCGUAAGCGC